CGCGGUGGAGGGGAAAGGCCGAGGGCGAAGGGCCGGCCAGACGCAGGGAAGCCGUACGCAGACAUUCUGGCCUUUGGCUGCCAGACCCAGGUCUGAGAGAUUUUUACUCUGAAUGAGGAACUUGGAAAAACUGACCAACUUUGACAAGAGUAGAGCUCUCCAUCCAACAGUGUCCACACUUUAUCCAGACCCUGGCUUCAAGUGAGGUGGGGCAGCUCUUUGCCUGGUGAUCAAUGAUGAUGUUUGGAAAAAUUUCAAGGCAGCUCUGCAGCUUAAAGAAAAUCCCAUGGUCAUGUGACUCCAGAUACUUCUGGGAAUGGUUGAAUACAGUGUUUAAUAAAGUAGAUUAUGAACGCAUGAAGGAUGUUGGUCCUGACAGGGCAGCAUCUGAGUGGCUACUUCGGUGUGGAGCCAAAGUACGCUACUGUGGCCACCAGAAGUGGCUACAGGACUAUAACAAACUCCCAGCAGGCUCCAUAGACAGAUACAAGAUUCAAGCAAUUGAUGCCACCGAUUCUUGUAUCAUGGACAUUGGCCUGGAUCACAUGGUGGACCUAGAGCAUGUUGAAAAAAUAACACUGUGCAAGUGUCAUUAUAUUGAAGAUAACUGUUUGCAGAGGCUUAGUCAACUUGAAAAUUUACGAAAGAGCCUGUUGGAACUGGAAAUAAUUGCUUGUGGAAAUGUAACAGACAACGGCAUCAUUGCUUUGCGACAUUUUAAGAACCUCAAAUAUUUGUUCUUAAGUGAUCUUCCUGGAAUAAGAGAUAAAGAAUACCUUAUCCAAGUCUUAACGACAGCACUGCCUUCUCUGGAACUAAAAUUAAACCUGAAGUAAAAUAAGUGUCUGGUUUCACUAUUAAGGAUCACUUGAAAUUGCUGAUACCAGAUAGCUACAAGUAUUAUAUAAUCAUCAAUAGAACUGUGAAAAUGAUUCAGAAAUGGAGAAUGGAUUUCAGGAAGAGAAUAAAUAAUCACAAGUGACUCACUGAAGUUACUUAGUUGGAAGUGAGAAAUUAUGUACAUUGAAUCAUUUUUAAAAAUACAACAUAGCAUUUUAAUUCUAAUGUAUUUCUCAUUGAUAUAUAUAUAUGUAUAUGUAGAUGUUGAUGUAGAGUUCUUUAAACUGCGAUGCUACUAUUGUUUCUUACAGUAAUUUGCAUCACACUGAAGCAUGUUACUGUAAAUGUACAAUUAUGAAAACCUGAAGGCUCAGUUACAGAUCUGCUGAUGGGACCCAUUGCACAAAGCUGUCAGUGUUGAGAGCAGCAUGCUGUAUUGCUUCCCAGGAUCUGUUCGAUUGCAUAAGCUCCCGCAGUGCUGCAUUCCUAACAGUGCAUACGUUUAAAAAUGCCCUUCCUCAGAAAGAGAGGUGCUGGCUACUUUGGCCUACUUUAAAGUGUGGGCUACUCACUGCUGGUUAAACAGAAUGCAAUACUUAUCUACACCCAACUAGUUUUGCUGGAAAAACAAAGGAAACAGGCUACCCUACUCCCCAUCUGCUUCAAUGCUACUGCUAUCUCUCAAAUACUUUGAAUUCUACCGUCUAUGAACUCAAGGGAUAUAAAAAUAUAAAUACAAAAAUGAAUUUCCUAUCUAGGAAAUGCUAAUAAAGAAUGCCAUAAGUAGAUGAA